GCCACUCAGCGGACGCCCCGGGGGCCGGACCCGGCCCCCCUUGACCCAGGCCCCGCUGAGGUCUCCGGUCGCCCAGCGGCCCCGGGGGAGGACGGAGGCGCCGAAGAGGAGGCCCGGGACGCGGGCCGGCGGCGGCGGCGGCGCCACCGCUGCGGGGAGUGCGGCAAGGCCUUCCUGCAGCGGUGCCACCUGAAGAAGCACCAGUUCACCCACGCCGGGCACAAGCCCUUCCUGUGCACCGAGUGCGGCAAGAGCUACAGUUCGGAGGAGAGCUUCAAGGCUCACACGCUGGGCCACCGCGGGGUGCGCCCCUACCCCUGCCCGCACUGCGACAAGGCCUACGGCACCCGCCGGGACCUGCGGGCGCACCAGGCGGUCCACACGGGCGCCCGCCCCUUCGGCUGCGACCAGUGCGGCAAGGCCUUCGCCCGCCGGCCCUCCCUGCGCCUCCACCGGAAGACCCACCGGGCGCCCGGGCCCCCGGGGCCCGCCCCCGGCCCGGCCCCCUGCCCUGUCUGCGAGCGCCGCCUGGCCAGCCCGGGCUCCCUGCGCGCCCACAUGCGCCUGCACACGGGCGAGAAGCCCUUCGCCUGCCCGCACUGCGGCCGGGCCUUCCGCCAGCGGGGCAACCUGCGCGGCCACCUGCGGCUGCACACGGGCGAGCGGCCCUACCGCUGCCCCCACUGCGCCGACGCCUUCCCCCAGCUGCCCGAGCUGCGCCGCCACCUCAUCUCCCACACGGGCGAGGCCCACCUGUGCCCCGUCUGCGGCAAGGCCCUGCGGGACCCCCACACGCUGCGCGCCCACGAGCGGCUGCACACGGGCGAGCGCCCCUUCCCCUGCCCGCAGUGCGGCCGCGCCUACACGCUGGCCACCAAGCUGCGCCGCCACCUCAAGUCCCACCUGGCCGACAAGCCCUUCCGCUGCCCCACCUGCGGCAUGGGCUACACGCUGCUCCGCAGCCUCAGGCGGCACCAGCUCGGCCACCGGCCCCGGGAAGCGGCGGCCGAGCCGCCGCCCGGCAUCGCGCUCUCCGGGAGGGAGGACGCGGCCCCGGGAGCCGGGCUGCUGCCGAUCCCGGAGCCCCCCGGCUUCGGCCCCGUGGCCGAAGUGGUGGAGGUGGAGUCGGGCACCUGA